AUGAAAUAAAAUUUGGAAGAAAUAGCUGCCACAAUUCCGAAUUUCAAAAUGGUUGAUGGCAAAUAUUACAUCAAAACAACUAAAUUGGGAAAAGGAAAUUUUGCAGAAACGUAUAUAUAAAAAUAUACAAAAGUCAUUUGGCUACAUUGAAAGACAAUGAGAAAAUAGUUUAUGCAUGUAAAUUAAUAGCAAAACAAAAUAUCAUUGAAAAACUUAAAAAAAGUAAUAAUCCAGAUAGCAGAAAAGAGUAUAUAAUCAACUCGCUAAAAAAAGAGGUAUAAUCUUUUACCAUUUAUUUUUUAGGUUUCAUUGUGGAAGUAGAUGGAUCAUCCGAAUAUUGUUAAGUUUAUUGAUUUCUCUGAAACUCCAAAUAAUAUUUAUUUCUUUUUGGAAUACUGCAAUGGUGGAGAUUUAGAUAUGCUCAUCAAAGACAAAGGAAAAUUGAAUGAAUAAGAAGCAGUUGAUAUAUUUCUCUAAAUUGCAGAAGGAUGUUCAUACUUAUAUGACAAAAGUGUUUUCCAUAGAGAUCUAAAACCUGAAAAUAUAUUGAUACAUAAUGGUACAGCAAAAUUAGCAGAUUUUGGUUUUGCUAAAGUAAUUGAAGAGGAUAAAAAAGAUGUGGCUGCACAUGGAACAUCAGUAGGAACACCUUAUUACAUGGCCCCAUAAAUUUUAGCAGGAGAAGAGUAUUUAUAUAGAAAUAUAUAUCAUUUAGCUAUUGCAUAAAAUGUGAUGUCUGGUCUUUGGGUGUAAUUCUGUAUUAAAUGUUAUUUGGAGUCCUUCCAUGGAAAGAUACAAAUUCUAUUAUAUAAUUGUUGAAUGCUAUCAAUAAUUAGAAAAUUCAAUUUCCAAAUACAAACCCAGUUGGUUAAGAGAUGAAAGACUUAAUUACAGUAAUGAAUAUAUUUAUGAAUAAUUAGAAAAUGCUUUAAAAAAAAGAAGAAGAUCGUAUUAAUAUAAAGGAAGUGUGCGAGAGUUUGAACAAAAUAAAAAAGUGAU